AUGUUCGGCUUGCUUUUUCUCCUCUUGACAGCACAUGUCACAGUCGGGCAAAACAUCACUGACUGUUCGACUCUUCCAGCAGAUAUCAAUUAUGCCGCCAACCCCAAGUUCCCUGAUCCUUUCCUUCAUAUCAAUGGCUCGCGCCUGACAAAAAGAGACCAAUGGCCGUGCCGCAAAGAAGAAAUACGACAGCUUUUCCAGCGCUACUCCUAUGGAAAGUUACCACCUGGGCCUGCAUCCGUGACCGCCUCGAUGUCCGGUACCUCACUCAAGAUCAAUGUCAGUGAUGGAGGCAAGACAAUGUCAUUCUCCGUUAGCGUUAAACUUCCGAGUGCUGGCUCCGCGCCUUAUUCCGCCAUAAUCGCCUAUGGUGGAUCAAGUUUGCCAAUACCCAACACUGUCGCCACAAUCACUUACCAAAAUUUCGAUAUGGCUGCCGAUAAUGGACGCGGCAAGGGUAAAUUUUAUGAGCUUUAUGGCAGCAAUCAUAACGCGGGAGGCAUGAUUGCAGCCGCCUGGGGGGUUGACCGCAUCAUGGAUGCCCUGGAAAUCACACCUGACGCCAAAAUUGACCCAAAGCGAGUUGGUGUUACAGGUUGCUCUCGAAAUGGAAAAGGCGCCAUGAUUGCAGGAGCGUUCGUUGACAGAAUUGCACUCGCGCUGCCGCAGGAAGGCGGCCAAUCUGCUGCAGGAUGCUGGAGAAUCGCGGAUGAGAUCCAGGCGAAUGGCACCAAGGUUGAGACCGCCAGGCAGAUCGUAAACGGCGACACUUGGUUCUCGACUGAUUUUCCUAAAUACGUCAAUGCUGUACCAAGUCUACCCUGGGACAACCACAUGUUACACGCGCUCUAUGCGUAUCCCCCCCGAGGUCUACUAAUUAUUGAGAACACUGCAAUUGACUAUCUAGGCCCUACCAGCAACUAUCAUUGUGCGACAGCAGGGCGCAAAGUUCAUGAGGCAUUGGGCGUCAAAGAUUAUUUUGGUUUCAGUCAAUAUACGCAUUCUGACCAUUGCGGGUUCCCAAAGGCCCAGCAGCCAGAAUUAACAGCAUUCAUUGAGCGGUUUCUGCUAUCGAAAGACGCCAAGACGGAAUUCUGGAAAACCGAUGGGAAGUGGCCAAUUGAUGAAAAGAGGUGGAUCGACUGGACUGUCCCAGUGUUGCCGUAG